UGAUAGGCCCUGUGUGUGUCACACUGGGGUGUUACCUUGACAACUCGGGGCCCUGUCAGCUCAGUUCCUCCCAUCAUCUCUGACAGAUAGAUAGCAGGAAGAGAAAGUAUCAGCACCGUCCCUCAGCAAUUAGUCAAGCUACACAACUGGUACACACACUUGAGACCGGACAAAAUGAUUCUGCUGCCACUGGCAUGGACACUGUUGACAGUAUCGCUGUGGACAUCAGGUUUGAGCCAGCUACAGAUCCUGCAGCAAGAACCCGUCAACAGACUCUAUCCCAAGAUCCUCAGUACAGAGGAGGUUGUGUGUGACUGCACUAACAUCGCUAACAUGUCCUGUGAGAUUGUCUACUGGUUCCGCAGUAUUUCCAACCACCGCAGAGUAGAGUUCCUAGGCAAAUGUACCAUCGCACGUACUACAUAUGGGGCUAAUGUGGACAGUACACGAUUUAAAUUCAUCCCGAAGACCACGUCAUUUACGCUACGCAUCAUCAAUGUGACAGAAGAGGACGCAGGGAUUUAUUCUUGUGUUCUCAAGUCCAGGAAAAACAUAGAAAUGUGGAAGCCUGGGACUCUUCUUCUACCGGGAGUGACCCCUCCAACAUUACCUCCUAAGACAAACCCCAAACCACCAGUCAAGACAGUCUGUCGCUGCUCUAAGAAGAAUUCUUUACAGGGCUGUGGCUCCCUGGUUCUGUGGCCGUUGGUUGGACUUAUUGCGGCCAUUGCUUUAGCUCUCAUCUGCACACUGUACUACUUCAGCCGGCUCCCCAAAAAAUGUCGGCACCACUUUGUGAAGAGGCGAUAGAUGACCCAAACCUCUACAUCUACAGCCUGUAUCUGAAUCAAAGU